AUGCGGCCGAGGUCGGGACGCCGCCGCUCCGCCACCUUCCCGGCCGGCCAGGCGGCGGUCCCCGCGCGCGCCUACUGGGGCAGCUCGCUGGAGAGGGCCCAGUUGCCAGACACAGUCACGACCAUCGGCGCAUCCGCCUUUCACGGCUGCACACGCCUAACUUCGGUGAGCAUCCCAGCGUCCGUGACGAGCAUCGGCGAGAGCGCCUUUGCUUGCUGCACGGAGUUAACUUCGGUCGUCCUACCCGACUCUGUCACCACCCUCGGCGCUGGCGCCUUUGCUGGCUGCUCGUCCCUCGCCUCGGUGAAGCUGCCGCGUGGCUUGCUCGUUGUGAAUGCGCGUGCCUUUGCCUGCUGCACCUCGCUCACCUCAAUCAGUCUACCGGAGACCAUCACAACAAUCGGCGAGGGCGCCUUCAGCGCCUGCUCCUCGCUCACCUCGGCCGCGCUCCCAAAUUCCACCCGGUCCCUCGGCACGAGAGCGUUUGCGCGCUGCUCCUCGCUGGAGCGCGUGGAGAUGCCCGCGGCCAUCGCCAGCAUCGGCGCGAGCGCGUUCCUCGGGUGCUCCUCGCUGGCGCACGUCCGCCUGCCGAUCUCAGUCGUGACACUCGGCGAGCGGGCCUUUGACCAGUGCUCCUCGCUGGCGCACGUCGAGGUGCCCGUUGGCGCCCGCGUGGGCCCGAAUGCCUUUCGAGGCUGC